AUGGUAUUGAGACAUUCCGCGAACACAAGUGGACAUUCCUUCCUUCAGACCCACAAAUCAUCUAAGGAUGUCUUCAGUGACAUGAACAGCAUGUUCCGAUGGUUCUCCAAGUUCAGAUCAGGCAAUUUUGAUCUCUCGGACGCCCAUCGAUCAGGAAGACCAACAACAUUAGAUAACGAUGUGCUAAAGGCAGAAGUGGAAGCAAAUCCAUGUCAAACAAUUGAGGAACUCUCAAACAGCCUUAACCAACCUUGGUCAACCAUCCAAGAACAUUUGCCACAGAUUGGAAAAAUAAGCAGAGGUGGUGUUUGGGUCCCCCAUAAUCUGUCCGAACAGAAUAAAGCCAACCGGUCCAUCACGUGCAACGUAUUGCUUCAACGGCACCGUACAGAUCCGUUUUUUGAUCGCUUGAUCACUGGAGUCGAAAAAUGGGUCCUGUACGACAAUCCGAAACGCAAAAGGCAGUGGCUCAGCCGAAAUGAAUUACCACAAACUACUGCAAAGCCGGGUUUACACCCCAAAAAGAUGUCUGUUGUGAACAACUGGAACGAGUAA